AACAUACUACACCUGCACAAGGAAGAAAAAGCCCUUAGACUUAAUGAACUCAUAAGCUGCUACUUUAAAAGACUCCAACCCAGCGAGGAAUAAUAGAGCUCUYGGGCUAUCAGCUGCAGCACUGAGCCACACGGACCAGCAUUCGGUACGAUCAAACCGGAACUUGGCAACGAUACAAGUUCUUCUGAAUUAAGUUCAUCUCUAGCAGUAAACGGCAACAAAGUUCUGUCGUCGUCUCUCGUAGCAGCCAAGAAACUCGAUAAAUUCUGUUUCUUYUUGAUGAGCUACAGCUAAUGAGUUUUUGUUGUCUGGUGGGCUCAGUCUGGUUCAACUACCGAUAGAUCUGUUUCUCAAGACAUCGACAACACAUGCAUAAGAAGAUGUCUUGGGAGUGGUCGUUCAACUUCCUUCUACUUCUGCUUGCCUGCUAUAUAAAUGAAGGUGCUGCUCUACAAUGUUACGUUUACAAGUGCAACAAGGUUUCRGGUAGUCCUGCUAUCACCGCCCCAGUAUGCGCUCCUCCCAAGGUCGUUACUUGUGGAAAGGUUGCUGGAGGUUUUCUYRRUGCAAAUAGAUGCUUAACGUCCAGAGUGAAACAGUCAAUAACUAUGCCUGGCGGGACCGUCGUACAGUUAAAUUCAGAAUCACGCAACUGUUCUCACAACUCGAUAUGCAACGCUGCUACUCGAGAGAGAUUAUGCAAAGCAGCGAAUUAUUCAGGUGGAGUCCAAAACUGUACACUGGAUUGCUGCAAUAAAGAUCGAUGUAACGAUGGAGCAUCCGGAGCUGUCCCAACAACCCUCGCUCCAGCAACCACAAUUCCAGUUAGUUUUGUGAUUAAUUGUCCAUUCUCUACUGGGAAAUGUGGCUUCAAGAACGACAAGACGCUUUYUGCUGAUAACUAUGACUGGCAGUAUACAGAAAAAAUCUGGUUAGGCAAAUAUUCUGGAGGUUUUGAAAGUAAUGGGAUGAUUGCUAGAUUACUUAGCCCUGYCUUGGAAAAAGGAGUCCGUUGCGUGUCCUUCAGAUACUUUAGAAGCGAAUACAUGCCUGGAAGUUUCGACGUCUUAAUUCACGAAGUUGGAAGCGACUACAGGAAUUUAAACCUAGUUUGGUCUGUGUCUGAAGGCAAUUAUAAUCCAGUAUGGCAAUCUGCUCAAAUUCCUAUUAAUUACAAAGGCAGCAAACCGAUCGAGCUUGUUUUUAUUGCGCAACAUUUCUUGGCCAAGCCUGAGAUCCCUGUUGCACUAAAGUCUUGGGGGCAGUCAUCAGAUUCGUGUAUUCUUCAACCAUCCAAUAUGAAAGACAGAAUAUUCCCAGAAGAUCGAGGUAGCUGCACCUUUGAGACAUCAAUGUGCGGAUACAAACAAACUGGAAAUACAACAAACUGGAAGAGGAGCCGUGGUACUAGCUUCUGGAACCCCAGUGGUGAUCACACCACUAAAUAUGGAUACUUCAUGAUGUCCCAGUUUCAAAGUGGUGAUGUAGCCGGCACAAAAAAUCAAAUUGUAAGCCCAUUAUUGAACGGUGUAAGAUGCUUGACAUUUUACUAUUACAUAUAUUUCACAAACAUGGGGACUCUAAACGUAUACAAGAGAAUUCAAGGGAAAGACCAGCGAAUAUUCCAGCUUACUGGAAAGCAUAAAAGUAUAUGGCAGAAAGCAACAGUACCGAUAAAAGGACCUAACAACAAUUUCACGAUCGUUUUCGAAAACGUCAAAGCGAAUGGACGUUUUCAGCGAAAAAGUUUGUGCAUUGACGACAUUUCGACCUAUGCUUCAUGCGAAACUAACGAUUACUUUUGUUCUUUCGACAACUUAACCUGCGGGUUUUACUUCUCAAGUCUUUCCGACUGGAAACUCGUUUCAACACGAAAUCCUGGAGGUGGAUUUACCGUACGUGAUCAUACGAGUGGAAAAGGUGGCAAGGAAUUGCCAGGAAGUUUGGAUGACCUAAAUGUGACGUCACAGGCCUGCACAAUUUUCCCAGAGCAACCGAGGACCAGAAUCUUCAAAGAAGUUCAAGGAAGCUGCAACUUUGAGAAGUCAAUGUGCGGUUAUAAGAAAGACAAGAAAAAUGUAUGGAGACGAGGAAGCGGGUCAACAUUGACRUCAAACACUGGUCCAUCAUUUGACCACACUACGAAGACGAGAACAGGUUUCUACAUGUAUACUGAGGCUACCGGUAUUAGAACUGGCAGCAAGUCUCAGUUCGUCAGCCCUGUUUUAACAAAAGCACGAUGUGCUACUUUCUACUAUCACAUGUAUGGGGAUCAUAUCGGUGAACUAAACGUGUACGAACGUGUGAACAACGUGGACACGCGUGUCUUCCACUUAGCAGGCAACCAGGGAACUAAAUGGUAUAAAGCAUCAAUUUCCUUAACGAAGCACAAGCCAGAUUCAGGUUUUCAACUUGUUUUUGAAGGUGUUCGAGGGAUUGGGUACAAGGGUGACAUUGCUAUAGAUGACAUAUCAACUUACGUUAAUUGUACCAGUCCACCUCCGACAUCGGUGCCCGUGACACCAACAGGAAAAGUACAAAAUACUACAGUACGUCUCGUCAAUGGGAUUACAAAGAACUCAGGACGGGUAGAGGUACGUUAUAACGGAACAUGGGGAACAAUUUGCGGCGAUAUUUGGACACCAGAGAACGCAAGAGUUGUUUGCAAGAUGCUUGGAUUCCCUGGAGCGACAUCGGCUGUGAAACAAUCUCCAAGUGGCGGAGGUAGCGGUACAGUUUGGUUGGACGAGGUACAGUGUACCGGUUCAGAGACUAAURUCGAUCAAUGCAAGCAUGCAGGCUGGGGCGUCAACAGUUGCACCCACGGGAAAGACGCCGGGGUUGUAUGUCAAACAGGUCCAGUCAUUCCCUCUCAAAAUGGAACCUGUUCGUUCGAUAUCAACCUCUGUGGCUACGUCAACGGGGACAGAAGCGUUAGCGAGCGAGACUUUAAGAGAAGAAAGGGAGGCACGCCGUCUUCAUUCACUGGGCCUAGAUCUGACGUCAGUGGAAGUGGUUUUUACAUGUACUUGGAGACCUCCUACGGAAGGACUGGUGACCGGGCAAAGUUGAUCAGUCCCAUUCUCCCGUCGUAUAUAAAGUGUGUGAGUUUUUAUUACCACAUGAGAGGGGGUGAUAUAGGGACUCUCAACGCCUAUAUCCAAGUCAAUAAAACACUGUAUAAGCGUUGGAGCCUGAGCACUGAACAAGGAAGCCGCUGGCUAAAAGGACAUAUGCCGAUUAAUGUGACAGGACAGUUGGUGUUCGAGGCUAUUCGCGGGAACGACUACAAGGGUGACAUUGCUAUCGAUCAAAUAGUAACAUUGGAAACUGACUGCGACGUUCUACCUCCCAAAGCAGAAUUCAGCCCAGAUCCAAACGCGCGUGAAGGCGAUGUCCGUCUUGUUGGAAGUCCAAAUCCUUUGAAGGGUCGGGUUGAGAUCUACCACCAAGACCAAUGGGGCACCAUCUGUAAUGAUUUUUGGGRAAACGCAGAUGCUACCGUAGUAUGCAGACAACUGGGAUUUGGAUCAGGUCGCGUUAAACCAAUCAGUGAAUUCGGACAAGGAACUGGGUUAAUAUGGCUUGACAACGUUGGCUGUAAAGGUGAUGAACAGUAUCUUACACAGUGCGCCAAGCUCCCAUGGGGUUCUCACAACUGUGGCCACAAUAAAGACGCUGCUGUAGAAUGUUUUAACGGUACUGAUUUUGCAUGCAAAGGCUAUCGUGUACUGAAUACYGCGGAUCGAUCWUCGAACUACAUGGUUAAGGGCAACCGCUGUGACAAAUACAAUGGAAUAUUUCAAGGCGAAUGGCAUCGUUUCGAAGGAGCUGCUGGUACAUCGAUGUCUGAGACCUGUAUCCCUGUAAAUAGAUGCGGUACGCAUGCGACUGGCUGGCUURAUGGAAGACACCCAACAGUCGCAGAAGGAAUGGUUAGAAGAAAAGUUUGUUUUCAUUGGUCAAGUAAAUGCUGCAAGUGGUCUACUUAUGUUCGAGUAAGGAACUGUACUACUUUUUACGUCUACGAAUUCAAGAGACCUCCUGUCUGCCAGUUGAGGUACUGUGGCGCUGAUAGCUURACAGGUCCAACACCACCUCCAACACCAAAACCACCAAAGAUAAGAGUCCGAUUGGCUGGCUCCACAAAACCUUAUGAAGGACGCGUAGAGGUCUGGCAUAAUGGAAUCUGGGGCACAAUCUGCGACGAUGGUUGGGACAUGCGUGAAGCCAAUGUUUUCUGUAGACAGCUUGGAUUCAAAGGAGGAGCAGUUAAAGUAGGAAUGAUAUCCGGUGGUGUCCCACCAGGGAUUGGCCAAAUAUGGUUCGACGAUAUGAGAUGCACUGGUAACGAGAAAUAUAUCUGGGAUUGUCGUAAUCGCGGCUGGGGAAAGGAGAACUGUGGACACGGAGAGGACGCUGGGGUCACGUGCAUGACUCCGGAAGUAUAUUCAUGCGAUUUUGAAAAGAGUUUUUGUGGCUAUAAGACCUCCUAUCACGAGGCAUGGUCGAUAACUUGGACCCGUUAUAGAGGAACAAAGUAUUUGAAAGACAACACUUUUGGAAACGUUAAAUUGAAGAGUUGUUUAGACGGUUGGUCAAGCUACAAAGGUUUCUGCUAUUAUUUCAAAAACCGCGGAAGCAGAAUCACUUGGAACAUGGCAAAACAACGUUGUAUCAACAUGGGCGCCUGGCUUGUAGACAUACGAACACAAGACGAACUCAAAUUCAUACAAAGUCAGAGAAAAUCAUAYGURCAACARUAUCACAUUGGUGUAAAGGAAUUGAACAGAACCAAUGUAUGGACUUAUCUCGACGGAUCUAUUAUGAAUCUUACGAAUAUUUGGUCGCCAGGAGAGCCAAAUAACUGGAACAGAAAUAAUGAAGAUUGUGUGUCCAUCGAWUUUAGGAAAUCCGAAGGAAAAUUCAAUGAUAUUCCAUGCGGUUCUGCAUAUGGUUUUUAUGGGCUGCCUGAUUCUUUCAUAUGUAAAGCAAAACCUGAUACUGUUCAUGGAAGCUAUGCAGGAGUUGAUCUAUCAGGGAACACACUUUCUCGUGGCAAAAUGACUGAUAUCGCAAGUCUUCCCAUGACCAAUGCAACAUGUCUUAGCUUUUACUACACAACCAAUGGGACACAUCAGGAUAACGUCAGAGUGGUACUCAAGACCAAGGAAAUUCCACCCAAGGAAAUCAUCGUGUGGCGAUUUGAAGGGAAUUCUGGGUACAAGUGGAAGAGAGCCSAGAUACCUCUCGAUAACAUGGGCUCACAGACAUUCGUGGUUCAUUUUCGAGUGAUUCACAGUUCAGGAAAUGGGAAAAUCUUCAUCGAUGACGUUAAAGUCAGCACGAAUGAAACUUGUGCCUUUGAACCGAAGGAGGCUGAGCCAGAAGACUGGAAGGACACUGGUAGCUGUAAYUUUGAAGAGGGUACGUGCGGUUAUACCAAUGUUGCGGACGGCACUGAUGACAUGGAUUGGUUUAGAUUUGCUUCACAUCACAUGAGUACAGACCCAAGACCUUUAAGUGACCACACUACGCAUUCGGGAUCCUUCAUGGUAAUGUCCGGUGCUAAUAAAGCAAAAACCGGUCAAGCCGGUCGCUUAUUCAGUCCAGCCCUUUCACACUCAAAGGUCAAAUGCAUGACAUUUUUCUGGUACUUUGCAUUAAAAGUAUGGGAUCCGCGAGACAUGGAGUUGAAUGUGUACCUUCGGCUUAUAAACUCUAGCAAAAUAACAGGUGAAAUUCACUUAUGGAGAGUGGACGCUAGUAAUUCGGAACUAGUGAACCACUGGGGCAAGGGCGUCGUGCCUUUGAAAGCCAAAAGCAGUUUCCAGGUUAUAUUUGAAGGUAUUUACAACGAAAAUGAAGAAAGUGUAUCAAUUGACGAUAUCAUUAUGUCAAAAGAAGAGUGCAGUAUCCUACCUGCGAACAGCAAACCACCCUAUAUACGACCAUCAGCAACAGGGCUAAGAUUGGCUGGAACAACAAUCGAUGCGGCAGGUCGUGUGGARAUCUUCCAUCAAGGCCGCUGGGGUACAAUCUGUGGUGAUAUCUGGACCAUGGACAACGCCCAUGUGGUAUGUCGCCAGCUCGGCUUUAGCAAUGCCCUUGCCGCGCCCUGUUGUGGCCUCUUUGGUAAAGCAUCUGGAAGAGUUUGGCUGAGUCAAGUAAAAUGCCMAGUAAACAGUCCUAUGUCAUCAAUUUCGAUGUGCCCUCAUUUUGGUUGGGAUAGGAAUGACUGUAGCCACCGUCAAGAUGCGGCGGUGGUAUGCAACUCUACAAAGACUGUUGACAAAGAUAUCAAGCUCCGUUUAAGUGGAGGCCACAACAAUGUGUCAGGUCGAAUUGAAGUCAAAUAUCUCGGCGUAUGGGGCACUGUCAAUGAUGCCGGAUGGGACAUUCUCGAUGCGACAGUUGCAUGUCGUCAGYUGAAGUUUGGCGGAGCAGUUGGUGCCUACAGAGGGAACAUGUACRGUAGUGGUUCAGGUCCAGUGUGGUUGUCAAAUAUCGGAUGCAAAGGGAAUGAGAAAAGUAUUUCACAGUGCGUUGACUUCAAGACGAUUUCCGAUGUUAAGAUGGAUCAUGAGGCCGAUGCUGGAUUAGAGUGCUUCGGCCUUCGUCUGUCCGGUGGUAAAUCAUCCAAUGAGGGUCGCGUCGAGAUUAAUUUCCGAGGACAAUGGGGAACCGUUUGUAAUAAAAACUGGAACAUGAARGCAUCAAAUGUUGUAUGUCGCAGUCUUGGCUAUCAAAGAGCAUSGGCUACACGCUCGUUUGGUAAAGGGACAGGAAAAAUACUGCUUUCUGGUGUUAAGUGUAAGGGCAGUGAAGCAUCGAUUGCGAUGUGUUCGCAUAACGGGUGGAAUUAUGUGAACUGUGAUCAUUCGCAAGAUGUUGGAGUCCUGUGUACAAAUGAAGAACYUCCAACAAUUACAACUCCAUGCAGCUCUAGUCCGUGUAAAAACAAAGGAAAAUGUACAGAAGACGAAGAAUCCUAUAUAUGUCACUGCCCGAAGAAUUUCAUUGGUUACACUUGUGAAACGAAUAUAUCUUCUAGUACUGUUGGCCUUCUUCUUAAAGGAGAUAUCAAAAAGUGGAAUCCAGUCAAAUUUAAGGAAUCAAUAGCAGCCAUUCUAAACAAAUACUUAAAGGACAAAGCUGCCAGGAGAAAACGAGAGGCCGAGAAGUUCUCAAGCAACGACAUAAUCAUUCUAGUAGACCCUCUCRAAUCCAACAGAUCUCCGCCCGGUUAUAUCUACGUCGAGUUUGCUGUUAUUAAGAAAAGCAACAAUAAAGCAGUUGCUAUAAAUCCUGACAAAGUUCGACAGACGGUCAAYAAAGSUGCGCAAGAAGAAGAUAUCGCAGGGUAUGAAGUCGUUGGAGCAGAAACCGCCAAACCUAAGCCUUCCARACCUAACGCGCAAGCGCAAACGGGAUCCAAGGAUGGUUCUAACUUGGCAAUGAAGAUAGGAUUUGCUGUUGUUUUGACGCUAUUACUGACAAUAAUAUUGGUUGCUGCUGUAGUUUGUUUUAUGCAAAGAAGAAAAAGGCCCGCCAGUGGCAAUGUCUACCUCCUUAAAUCACCUAGUCGAUCAGCGGRAAAGGAUACCGAYAAYGAUGUACUCAUCACCGAAGACGACAACCACUUACUUUAACGCUGAAAAUCUCAUUAUGAUCUCAUGAUCUUUAGUGAUCUCUUUAAGUUUGAUACUCGUUAUGACCUGGAAUCAGGAUAAAAGUAGUACUCGUUACCUCUUGUACUCUGAGUGAUACCCUUGAUCUUCAUUGAUCUUUAGUGAUCUCGAAUGCGUUAAGUUUGAUAGUCGUAAUGACCUUGGUCAGUUAGGGAAAAAGUAGUUUACGCUCCUAUGUGGACGAAGUGAUCUCUUGUAGUCUGAGUUAUCCCUGUGAUCUUCAUUGAUCCUUAAUGAUCUUGUUCAAGUUAUUAAAUCGURCAGCUUGAUAUAGGGAGAACAAAUUGUUCUUGCCCGCACACUGGCGAAUUUUAUCUUUUGUGAUUCUYGAUGAUUGYCGUGAUCUUCUAGUGAUCUUCAAGUGACUUGGUUCUCGUCCAGAGUUGAUUAUCUCUUSUGGUCCUCGAUUUAUAUCUCCCUUGAUCCUUUGGCCAUAACGUACUUAAUAACAUAUUAGUAACUUAGUGGUCAGCGCGUGACAAUGUUUUGAUCAAAGUGAUCCCAGUUGAUCCUCUUUGGAACCAAGUGAUCUUUAGUGAUACUUAUAAUAUAAAAUCAGGAUAGCUUGAAUGUUCCCUUUUAAUGCUUUUUGAUAUAAGUGAGCAUUGAUCUUUAAGUGAUCUUUGGGAAUCUUUGCGUGAUACUGAGAUGUAAAACGUAACGUAAAACGUAAUGUAAACGUAAUGUAACGUAAAACGGAUAUAUAGACAAAAUAGAUAACUUAAGCACAUGCAWCCUCAAAGAGGAAUCUUUUAAAUUACUAUUUUAUACAAAGGUACAUAGUGUAGCGGGACUGAAAAAGUGUUGUGAAAAUGUUUACGAACGUUGGAUUAUAGUCAAGAUAAAACGAAUGGAAAUUGUUGCGUUUCAAUUUUAAAAUGAUGCAACUCUUGUGCCUUGAUUAUAUGUACGUASGUUUAAGUUAAAGAAGCCUUUAAGGUUGUGUUUUAGAAGAUUUUUGUACCCUUAAUAACAAUUUUAUAUAAAAUCACAUUUUUGUACCCAAAUACAUAAAAACAAUAAAAUAACUCGUGGCUCUCCGAUUGGCUGAAAUUCGUAGUUUUCGAUGCAGCCAUACAAUGGUCUACAGUUUGCGCUCUUGCUUCUUAAACUACGGCGUUCAAUUGGAUCUACCAUAGAGUAAAUAAAGAAAAUCUUUAUAUCCACUGUACUUUUAAUGUAGUUAGACUUUUGAAAUAAAACACUGUUAUAGUUACUUUA